AUGGCUCUAGUGAUAUCAGACAACCUCAAGGCCUUCAUCAAUACAGCCUUCCUCCUCCUCCUCUGCUUCUUCUUCACAUCCCACAUAAGAUCCCCUUCCCUCCCUUUCAACCAGCUCUCAACCCUAACCCUAAAAUCACCAAAAGGAAAUGCUUGCAUUGGCCUCCAAAAGCUCCUUGACCCCCACCUAAAGUGCCUCUACCUCAAGACUCACUACCCCUGUGUCACCCAAGGCUACAUCAACUACCUCCACCUCUUCUACUGCCUCUGUGGGGCCUACCCUUUCCUUGGCUACACUCUCCUCACCCUCUGGCUCCUAGUCUUGUUCUAUCUCUUAGGCAACACUGCAUCCCAAUACUUUUGCUCCUCAGUUGAGAGCUUAUCAAGGGAGCUAAGGCUCUCUCCAACUAUAGCCGGUGUGACCCUUCUCUCCUUGGGCAACGGAUCGCCCGAUGUCUUCGCGAGUAUCGUCUCAUUUCGCUCAGGAUCGGGUGAGGUAGGCCUCAGCAGUGUUCUCGGAGGCGCAUUCUUCGUAUCCUGCGUUGUUGUGGGUAUAAUCAAUGUGUGUGGCGCGGCCAGCUCGCGCUUGCCCUGUCGCAUCGACCGGACGAGCUUUGUCCGUGAUGUUUGCUUCUUUGUGGUUGUUCUUUCUUCUCUCCUUGUGAUUCUCCUCAUUGGCAGGAUCAACAUCCUUGGAGCUAUUGCCUUCACCUCAUUAUACUUUGUUUAUGUUUCAAUUGUCUCCGCGACACAUUUCUUUCGUAAUGACAAGUAUGAAGAUCUAGUCAUUCCUAUUCUUGAUCACCUCGAGGAUGUAACAACAAUGACAUCAAAAGAAGCUCAAGAAUGCAUUAAUCAAGAAGAAGAUGACUCGUCGAGCUUGUUGAGGUGCAGGUCCUUGUUUUCUUAUUACAUUAGAUGGUUCUUGUACCUCAUCGAUUUGCCAUUGUAUCUGCCGAGGAGACUGACGAUACCCGACGUUUCUGAAGAGAGAUGGAGUAGGCCAUUUGCGGUGGCUUCAGCUACGCUAGCACCGGUUCUUGUGGCGACCUUGUGGAAUUCGAAGAGAUUAGGGUUUGGAACAAAGGAAGGGAUGACAAUUUACUUGUCUUCAGCUCUUGUGGGGUUAGUUCUAGGGCUAGUUGCAGUCCAGACAACAAAGAAGGAUUGCCCUCCAAAAAAGGGCUUGUUCCCUUGGCUAGCCGGUGGAUUUCUAAUGAGCGUGUUGUGGACAUACAUAAUUGCUGAAGAGCUUGUAGGGCUCUUGGUCUCAUUGGGGUACGUGUUUGGGAUAAGCCCUUCAAUUCUAGGGUUAACAGUUCUUGCAUGGGGGAAUUCUAUCGGGGACUUAAUUGCAAAUGUCGCAAUGGCAAUGAGUGGAGGACAAGAUGGGGCCCAGAUUGCAAUCUCCGGGUGCUAUGCUGGGCCCAUUUUCAAUACGUUGGCAGGGCUGGGGCUUUCACUGGUGGUCUCAGCUUGGGGGGUCCACCCUAAGCCCUUCGUGAUCCCUGUUGGCCCUCCGUUGUUUGAGAUUCUAGGGUUUAUGAUAGGAGGCUUGCUCUGGGCUCUUGUGAUAUUGCCAAGGAAGGAUAUGAAGCUUGAUAGGGUUUUAGGGAUUGGGUUGUUGGCUAUUUACUUGUGUUUUUUGUCUUUGAGGCUGUCUCAAAGCCUAGGGUUUGUGCAGGGCUGAAGAAUUUUUCUUCCUUCCCCCCUAAUUAACUGGCUGUUUGUCGUA